AUGGUUGUCAUUGUGAAAAGAAUCACAGAGGCUGCAGUGAGGUUUGGUAAUAUUUUAAGUUCACCGGUGAUAUCCAACUGGUCGGCACGAUUGAGUCAUAUAUCAAACUCCAGAGCAUCAUUCCCUAUCCCUCUCGUCUCUGGUUCCAAUGAUGGCAAGGAGCUUUCAAAACCGUACUGGGCCAUCUCUUCGAAAAUAUUUAAUUACCAAGCCAACUCAGAGGUCAACAAAGUGCCGCUGAAGAAUUGGGAGCAGCAACAUGGCCCUAUUAAGAAUAAGGAUAUGGAUUUCACUAACCGUUACUACAUCCAUGGCCAUGACCUGCUUUCCAACAACACCAAUCAGUCAUCUGCGGCUGAAGACGUGAUCAUAGCCAUUGACAUCACGUGCAGCUCAGCAUGUGGCAUUUCAGCUAACCCAAUACGAAAGCGCGCUGGCAUUACGAUGGCCGCGCUUGGAGGCCAACCGCAGAAGAACACGAAAGUACUUGGUUGGACAGGAACCUUUUUUAUCAUUGGUAGUGUUACAUUGUACUAUCCGGCUAUCCGUAGCCGGCGACCUCAGGUUUGA